GACUGAAAGUAACAUGGCUGAGGCGGCUCUCAAUACUCGCCUGCAAGUAUCCACGGUCUGGAAAUACUUCACACACAGCUAGCUACAACAGUGGUGACGUUAGCGGAGAGAAGCACAAAGACAACAAUGACAGACUUCUCCACAUGUCAGAUAUUCGACCAAAGAAAAAGGAAAAUAACAGGCCUGUUGGUGAAUUUCAUUGUGAAGGAUAUGCGACCGCUGGCUGCAGUGUCUGGAAAUGGCUUUAAGGACAUUAUCCAUUUUUUCGAGCCAGGUUACAUUAUCCCAUCCCAAAGGACACUGUGGAAGAACAUCACAUACCAGUAUGAAGAAUUGCGAGUGCAAUUAGCAACUGAAAUGAAAGAUCAGAGUGUUUGCAAAACAGUGCAAAAACCACAGAUGCGGCGAGGCGUGUGGUCAGCCACUGUCGCCACUCUGCUGUGGCAACAAGUGCUCUGAUGCAGCGACAGGCUCAGCUUAAUAUGAAAGAGAAAAGGCUCCAGACUGACUGUCCCAUGUGUUGGAAUUCCACCUUUACAAUGCUGGAGCGACUUCACGAGCAGCGCAUCCCUGUCCAAGCUGUACUCGAAGAUGAGACUGUCACUAAAUCCACCGCCAGAAAAGCCCUGUCAAUGAGAGCCUCGCAAUGGGAACUAAUCCAGCAGAUACUGACUGUGCUGAGACCGCUGGCAAAGGCAGCUACCAUCAUGUGUGGGGAAACGCAGGUCAGGCUCUCAUUUAUCUACCCCAUUAUCCUCGGUCUGGUGAAUGGGGUGCUGAAAGUUGAAGAGUCGGAUGUAACAGCAACUCACAACUUUAAGAACACGGUACUAAAACAGCUGAAAACUAGGUUCAAGUUGGACACUGAGGACGACUUGGCGGGAUCGGUUCCUAUCAUUGCCUGCACACUGGAUCCCAGAUUUAAAGAUCUCCGAUUCCUUCCAGAGAACACCAGAGCAGAGGGUAAAAGCCACCUGAUUCAGCUACUGCGAGAUGGAGAGACGGAGCAGCCUGUAGCUACAGGGCAGCUGAAGAGUGUGACAGGAAACAGGGUGAGAGAGGGGGAGUGACACACAGUAAAGGGACCCGGGCCGGGAGUCAACCCGAGUUCGCUGCAGAGCCUCGGCACAUGGGUCGCACGCUACCAACUGAACUAAGUGGCGCCCACCUCCGUGACCUCUUUAAUAUAUUUGCAAAAUUGAAAAUAGCUAAACUUAAAUUCACUGAAACCCUGAACUCAAACAUGACGGCACUCUGGCUGUGAUUUUAUUUGCAGGUAAAAAAAACAUCAGAGAGGAGCCCGGGAGUAAAAAAACUCGACUUGAAAGUGAUUACGACCAACUGUUCGGGCCUCACUACACCAAUAAAAAAAAGGGGGGGGCUGGCAGCACCUGUCCAGAGGAGGUGGAGGAAUAUUUCCAUCUGCC